AGCAUGCUAACAUUGAUGCUAGUGUGUACAGAUGUCUGCUGCUGCUCCUGCACUGAGGAUGGACAGUCACAAAUGGAUGGACUUAGAUGGCUCCUGGGUGUACAGUACAAAUCCCAGAAGGCAGCCCGACAAUCUCCUGAAAUAUAGUACUUUACCAGGUAGAAACCAAGAUAAUUACAGAACAGCCGCUGAUAUUUCCAGAAGAUCAGCAGAUGACAGAGGCAAAUAUGGCACUGUACCUGGCAGGUACAUUAACAAAGCACCAAUGAGAGGUCAGUCUCCCUACAGACUGUGGUCGACCACCAGACUGCCACAGGGUGCAGUCUUGCAAGAUUCAACAAACUGGGGUUCCAAUCUGCCACCAAUUCAUAGAGAUUCCACACUAGGGAGAAUGGAUCAAAUUCAAAAUGCUGGUAGAAGAAAUGAUGCACGGGUAAAAGAACAGUUCCGUUAUAAGUGGGACAACAAUAUGGCUAGAACAUAUGGUGCUGAAUAUGAAAGGAAAAGACAAAAGUUGUCUGUAGAUCCAUAUGGACAAAUGGUAAACCAUUCCCCUUCUAAAAAGCGGAGACAAAAAGGGAAGCUGAUACAAAUGGACAGUAUUUAUGGAAAAUGGGAAGCAGAUUAUAUACUAGAAAAAAAAAUGAAAGAGCUAAAGUAUGAUGAGUGGGAACCGUUACAUAAUCUGCCCAAAGCGCUACAAAAUCAGCUCAUAUCACAAUCAAACAAGGUGGGCUAUCCAGAGACUGAAAAAACUAAAUCCAUUCUAACAAAUUCUGGAGAUACAAGUCAGGAAAAAAAAAGUUGGUGGUCUAAGCUUGUAAAAUCUGCAAAAUCAGGAGUAACUAAUUCAGCUGUUUCAGAAACUUCUCAGGACAAAGCACAAAAAAAUAAUGUGGAGCAAAGCUCCUCGUUAAAUCACAAUAAGGAAGUCUUAAAAGAAAAUCGGCCGCAAUUUCGAAAACGAAAAGUUCCCCCACCUUACGUUCCUCCUCCUCCUUAUGAUUACCCACACCUUAUCUUCCCUACGAACAAAGAAAAAGUUAAUCACACUAGAGGAUACAGCCAAAAGCAAAGUACUCAUAUUCUACCUCUACAUGACAUUGAGGACUGUCAUGAAAGUAGAGAAAAGGUGCCAAGGUAUAGUGUGGAGAACACUAGAGCUGCCAAGACAAAUUUAUCAUCAAGUACAAAUAUGCUGGGGAACACUGUAGAAGUAGCGGAAAAACAAAAGACUGACCCAGCUUUGCAGAGCAUAAUACAAGGCAGAAAACUUCCUCGAGCUCAUAGCACAUGGACAGGACCUAACUCUGAUGAGUUUCUUGAUCAUAUAUAUGAGAGUGUAGAAGGCAGAAGUUCCCCUCUUACUCACGAUACACCAAAUUUUCCAAAAAUCAAGUCUGAUCUUGACCUACAGAGUGAUAACAAGAUAUAUGGGACAGUUUCAUUCCCUGCUCAAAGGGACACAUCAGUUCCAUACACACGGCACACAAAUAGCAAAGCACAACAGGACAAAAGUGAAGCAACAAAAAGAAAAAAUAUGACCCCUGCAAAUAAUAGCCGACAUCAAAUGCCACCUUUUGAUACUCGCCCACCAAUUCCUCUGCAUGGAAUAAAACUGCCACGAGAGUUGGGUUUCAGUUAUGCAAGUGGAAAUUUUCUAAAUGCUGAUAAAAGGAACAGAGGAGGCUACAUAAACAUUAAUAAACAAGAUAAUGAACAAGGACAUGAGCAGAGAAGACCAUUAAGGGUUGUAUCAGGCAAAGAAUCAAAGACAAGACCUGCUCCAAAAUCAAAUAACGUUGAGUAUGGGUGGUACAGUCAUACUCUUCCUGUGAAAAAACAAUAUAUGAAACCAUAUAUGCAGGAAGAAACAAAACAUGGUGAUUCCAGAAAGGAAAGAAUAACUUAUCAGGAUACAGAAUUUCCCAGAUGGAGAGAACCUGGAAAUGUCAACACUUUACCGGGGAGAAGCCAUGAUCAUAACCGUUGGAGAGGUCCCAAUGGCCUGAAAUUUAGUAGGAAAUACAAUAUAUCUGAACAUUCUAAUAUACAUCCCAGUGAUCUAGGAAAAAGCCAAGCAAAGGGAACAGUGAAAAUUCAGGCUGCAUUAUCUAAUGAGGAUGAGGGACUUUUUGUCAUUGAUGCAACCUGUGUAGUUGUUAGGGCAGAGUAUAUUUUUCCACCAGUAAUGGAGCAAGUAAAAUUUGUACCUGAUGAGAAAUCUAACGAGGAAUCCUUGCCCAUUCGUAGUCACUCUAAGAGUCUUGUCAAGAAAGAGAGAGCACAUCACACUUCACAUUCAAAGUCUAGUUCGAAUUUACCACUACAACCGUGCUCUCAAAAGAAGCAUUCUAAAAUUGAGCAGUGCAAUCAACUGUUCACAGAGAGACAAGCCUCAACCCUCAAAGAAAGAGCAGUCCGCAUUUUAGGGCUUUCCAUUGGAGAAUUAGAUUAUCUCAAUGAAUCUCAAGAUCAGCAGAAACCCUAUGGAUCCCUGACAGAAGCUGUUAAUGCUGAACAAGGACGCACAUUUAAUGAGCAAGAAUCUGAGGUUUUGAUUAAAAAUGGAAACAGAAAAGGAUUUAAGAUCCAUAAUUAUAAAGAGAUGCCCUGCAUUUUAGAGAAUGUAGAUCAUCUUCCAGCUACAUCAGAAACUGUUAAUGAUAGUUUGCACAUGUCUGUUAAUAGUACUAAAGAGAUUAAAGAACUGGGAUCAGAGCAAAGUGUACUUUCUCCUGACACACAGAACCCAAGUAGCAAAGAAAGCUGUUCAGAACCAUCUGACAUAAUGGUUCAAAAUGAUCAAACUCUAGCAACACCCAAACCCCAAGAAAGUUUUCUGCCUAUAGUAAAAGGUGUUGGAAUCAGUCCAUAUCCAAGUGUAUUUUCUCAUUGUAUGGAACUUGAUACUACCAUGAAGGAAGAGAUACAAGACUGUAAAACAUCAGCAGAGCCAUUGGAUUUACAUGUCACAGAAACGUUAAAACAAGUUGAGGGUAUGUUACUAGAGUCAGUGGAGGAAGAAUGUCUUGUUCAGCGGAAAACAUUAUCGAUGGUCACUAAAAAGAACACAAGUAAAGAUAAUGCUAUAAUAGAAGGGAACUCAGAGGAAGACCACCCAGCAGAAACUCAGUUGAAAGAAAAAAAAUCCAAGCCUACAAAACAUGCAUCAAAUUUUACAAAUCCUCAUUUAUUUCAGGAACCAGACAUAGAACACAAGAAAGUUACUAGUGAAGUUUGCUUGGCCUCUCAAGCAGAUCAUACAUCUUCUAGGAGCCUAAUAAAAGCAUAUUCAAGAAAACCAACUUACUAUGCCAAAGAUCUCAGGGAGGCUGUCUCCCGAAUCAGGCGCCACACAGCCCCAGAUUCUGACACAGAUGAGGAUCUAGAGAAGUCUUCAUUUGACUCAGUAGAGCAGGUUUCAGACGAAUAUGUGACUUCAUGUAGCUCAGACACCUCAGACUCUGAAGUGACAGUAAUACUGUGUGAAGAUGAAAAGGAUGAAGACACAUUACCCAUCACAGAAGAUUCAAGUAGUGAAAGAAUGAAUGGACACAGAGAAGACAUAUUUACCAAGGAAAUUAUGGUAGCAACAGCUCCACUCGUGACACUGCAUGAAGGUGCAUUUGAAGAUCAGCCUAAUAAAUACCAGGCACCUGAACAAAAUGCUGUGUAUGAUCUGAACAGCUGCAUUAAGGAAAUACUUCAGGACUUGAAUAAGACUGAGCAAGAAUUCUUCCCAAGCAAUGAAGAUCAGAGUGAAGCCUCAGCAAGUUCUAAUGUUCCAGACCUGCCAACAAAAGAAGAAUAUCACACAAACAAAGUUAUAUGAAGUAUACAGAAUGAAGAUCAUGAGGGAAACCUGCAGAGCAGACCUAAAGUGGACGUUGAAGACUUUCCCUCUGCUCCUGGAACCACCUCUGGCUUUUAAAGAAGUGUUUUAUAUGGUUGUGAAGAUGGCGGAGAAGUCUUGAUCAGCCUCUUCAUUUUACUAUUAGAAAGGUUGCUGUCUUUACAGUUGGUUUUCUUAUAUUCAGUGUGUCAUGUAUACUAGAUGACAUUACUUGCAGUGAUAUUCAUAGUCAGGCUCAGACCGACCCACAGGGGAACAGGUGGCCCACCUCCUGGCACAGUAAACUGCACUACAUAUAGAUACAACAUCUCAACCAGACUAUGUUCAUAUAAAAACUGGGUAGAUUAUUUAAAGGGGUUUUGCAGU